AUGUCUGGCAAGUACAAGGACGAAUGCUCUAACACGAUGCUCGAGGCCAACCCGCCCGGCGAGUGCAAUGACGAGUGCUGUAAUUUUAUGGAACAGAGGCGUGAGGCCGAUAUAUCUGCUUCCGUCUGCAGCACUCACCUUGAUGCGGCCUUUGAGAGGUUCGGGGCACUCAUGAAGCAGCAGCUGUGCAUCUGCCGGAAGGUGGUUGAGUAUUUGGGGUUUUGCUGCUGCUUGCUGUCUGCUGAUGGCAGUUUGCCGGGAAGUGGUGCCUGCAGUGCAUAUACUGCUCCGGUCAUUGAGACGUCAAAAGGAAAGGUACCAAAGGCGUUCUCGAUGCAAUCCAAGACUUGCGGCAGUCCAAGCGCUCCGCUGCAGAGCACUUAUAAGCCUCUGUCUAGAGCUUCCAGCUGCAACCUUAGGUGCGAAUCUGGCUGCUGCGCCCAGCCAGAGACCGACCCGUGCAAGAACAGCUACACUGGCACUAGCGAAUGCGAGACACGUGACGAUGACUGCUGCAUCACGAUUGGGAAGAUUAAGGACGAUUGCUGUAACAACACUGGGGAGGCAAAGGACGACUGCUGCAUCACCACUGAGAAGGCGAAACAUGACUGCUGCACUCAGACUAGUAAGGCAAAAGACGACUGCUGCACCGACACUCGCAAGACAAAGGGCUUUUGCAGCGACAGCGUCUCAGAGACCAAGGUCACCGGAAUGUUCGUCCACAAUGCUAUCGAUCUCGAUGUCGAACACAGUGCCGCACGCGAGCAUGUCGUGCUAAAAGUCGAUGGUAUGACUUGCACUAGCUGCGGCAACAAAGUCAAAAACGUCCUUGACCAGAUCCCAGGAGUCUACAAGACUCAGGUGACCUUCGUCUCCGGCACUGCCGCUUUCGAGCUCGAUACCGCGGUAGCCCACAUGGCCGACGUAGUGCCUCUGGUCGAGAAAAGGACGGGCUUCAAGUGUUCAUCCGUCGUUGACGGCUACCUCGCUUUGGACCUGCAUAUGUCUCCGGAAGCAGCUAAUACACUCGACCAUUCGGAAAAGGGAGGCAUUGUGUCGAUUGUCAGGGAGAAAGCGGGUCCUUACCGCGUCACCUACGAUCCGUUCGUCAUCGGCGCACGAGACCUACUACCCACUGGUGUCAGUCUUGCUGCUCCAGUGGCUGAAGCAGGCUCCUCCAAAGGUAAAGCUCGAUUGCUUCGUCUGACAUGGUACGUUAUUACCGCGGCAGCUUUCACGAUUCCUGUGGUCGUCCUCAACUGGGCACCGAACCCGGUUUCAAGCCAAUCCCGAGGCAUCAUCUCGCUGGUCUUGGCAAGUGUGGUGCAGUCCAUCGCAAUCCCUGAAUUUUACACUCCCGCGCUGAAAGCGCUCAUCUUCAGCAGGGUCGUUGAGAUGGACAUGCUUGUUGUGAUUGGUGUUACUGCUGCCUACACCUAUAGUGUCGUUGCAUUCGCUCUGGAAGAGUCGAGUGUCAAACUGGAACAGAAGGCCUUCUUCGAAACCAGCUCUCUGCUCAUAACUCUGGUUCUCUUUGGUCGGCUCCUUGCUGAUAUCGCUCGCGCCAAGGCUAUUCGCGCUGUGUCGCUCCACUCCUUCCAAGUGGAGAGCGCAUUGCUCCUGCAGCCCGAUGGAGAGUCGUAUGAGCUUGACUCUCGUCUUCUGCAGCUCGGAGACAAGAUCAUAAUACCACCGCAUUCCCGCAUCGUCACGGAUGGCCUUGUUACUUCUGGUGCUAGUGCUGUCGACGAGUCUAUGCUCACUGGAGAAGCAGUCCCUGUGACUCGACAGGCAGGCGAUCUUGUCAUUGCUGGGACGCUGAACGGCGAAGGUAGCUUACAUACUCGAGUCACCCGUCUGCCUGGGGCCAACAGCGUUAGUGACAUUGCCAAGUCAGUUGAGAAGGCUCUUGCGGCCAAGCCAAGGGUUCAAGAUCUGGCGGAUCGUAUCGCUUCGUUGUUUGUUCCGGUCGCCGUCACUAUUGCAGUGAUUGUCUUCGCUAUCUGGAUUGUCAUAGCACUCAAUGUACGGGGAGACAACGGCGGAGGUGCGGUGGGCACGGCUAUAACCUACGCUAUCGCUGUCCUGGCAAUCUCAUGCCCGUGUGCUCUUGGACUGGCGGUACCAAUGGUCUUGAUUGUUGCUGGUGGGGUCGCAGCGCAUGCGGGCGUUGUCAUUAAGGCAUCCGAUAUCCUUGAACAAGGCUUCAAGAUCACCGACAUUGUAUUCGACAAGACUGGCACCCUGACCAAGGCAGACCUUCAUGUCGCCAGCGAGGUAAUACUCAGCAACAAAGCCACACAUGACGAGGCACUGAGCAUCGCCAAGCAUCUCGUCAAGGACGACCAUCACCCAGUCUCUAAGGCUGUGGCGGCGUACAUUCGAGGCCACUCAACAGUCACAAACUCUGUACAACGUAUCAAAUCUGUUCCUGGCUCGGGAAUCCAGGCGGAGUGGGACGGCCACGUUGUCAAAGCAGGUAGCCCUUUCUGGCUCGAGAUACAAAGCAAUGUCACGGUGGCGCAGCUGCUCGACCAAGGCAUGUCUUGCUUCUGCAUGACCAUCGACAAUGUCCCGGUCCUGGCCCUCGGGGUCGAGAGCAUUCUACGGAAUGAAGCGAGAUUCACCUUGGAUGUUCUCCGUAGCCGCAACAUCUGCACUCACAUCGUUAGUGGUGAUCACCAUCGUGCCGUAGAGGCGACCGCUCGCGAGCUCGAUAUCGCCAAUACCGCCUCUCGCCAGUCACCACAACAAAAGAGGAACUACAUUCUCAAACUGCAGUCGAACGGCAAGAAGGUCAUGUUCUGCGGCGAUGGCACCAAUGAUGCGGUAGCACUGGCCCAAGCCAACGUAGGUGUACAACUCGGCACAACAUCCGAUGUUGCUGGGGCUGUUGCGGAUGUUGUCUUGCUCGGCGGCUUAGACGGUGUGGUGACCUUGCUUGACAUCUCUAAACGUGCUUUUAGAUGCGUUGCAUUCAACUUCGCCUGGUCCGGCGUCUACAAUAUGUUCGCCAUCCUGCUGGCAGCUGGUGCAUUCGUCAAGGUUAGAGUGCCACCUGCCUAUGCCGGGCUUGGGGAGAUCGUGAGCGUGGGCCCAGUGAUUAUGGCUGCGAUGUCUCUGCUUUUGGGAGGGAAGAAGAGAGCUUGA